CAAAAACAUUGAUGGUUUUGUGAAUGUUUAUUACCUUUAUUGGUUAUUGGCUCAUCAGUUUUCCUUAAAUUCAUUUUUCGUUUCUUGUAAUGUUUGAUUUUUGUCUUUGGAAUUUCUAACUACACUUACGAAUUUUUUAGAAAAUGGUUUACUUUUGCGAAUAUUGCAAUAAAGCAAUGAUGCUGCAUUUACGAAAAACUCAUAAUGAUGGACUCAUACAUAAAAUAGCAUAUGCAAAUUAUUGGCUUCGAAACUUAGACCCGGAAGAAGUUUUAAAACAAGAGAAAUCAAAAAGGAAAUGUGCUUUUUAUUUAAGAAAAAAUUGUCGAUUUGAAGCUUAUUGUCAGUACAGCCAUUUCACUGAUGAAGAAUUGCAGAAAAUUUUUUAUUUAAUAAAAUAUAAUGAGAUGCGCAAAAAAAAAACAUUUCGUUUUGAAAAUGAAGUACAAAUUGCCAAAAGUCGAAAUACAAUGUUAAAAUUUCGCCAUAUUACAACAGAUCCAAAAACAUUACCUUCUUUAGUACAUACAAAUAAAUUACCUAGCCGAAUCAAAUCAAAUUUUGAUUGGUGUUGAAAUGAUUUCAACAUAAAAUUUUCUUUUUAAUAGAAGUUUUAAUGGAAAUCAAUACUAUAAAAUAAAAUUAUCAUUAUUUGAGCCAACAACAAAUGGACAUUGAAAACCCAAUUUUAAAUUUAACUUGGUUAACUAAAUUUCUGGAAAUGUUCAAAAAAAAUAUAUAGAACUUUUGUACUUCAAAGAUCAAGCAUAUAAUUUUUGCAUUAUUAUAUUACUCAGGAAAAUUUUAUAUCUUGUGUAUUGAAACU